AGACCAGCUGCUGUCCACAACAACAAUGGCUGCCGUCACGAUUCUAAGUUCAUUGAUGCUUCUGAGAACUAGAACAUGAUGAGAUGAGUUGCUUCCGUUGACAAGAUGAAACUGGAUUAAAAUAUUAGUGGGUGGUCUUCCAGACCCUGAAAAUGAUAUUUCUGCCUGUGGUGCAUGUAAUCUCAGUUCUAAACUAAAACAUGUGCCAGCGUUGCUGCUCCAUCCUGUGGCACCAGGAAAUGUCCCUAAUGAAAGGAGGCAUUUGUAGGCCAUUCAGGCCUUCGAAGUACGGCUCCAUCGCCCUGUUCACACUUUGCAGCAUCUUACUGUUGUUGCUGUAUAAAAGGAACAUUGAUUGGACGUCUGUCAAACCAACGAAUAAAGUCAGUUUGAAGCCGACCGCCCAGCCGGUCAGCACCUGCUCCUUCGAUUUGCUCUCACCUGAGGAGCUUCUGGUCUUUGACUCACUAAGAGACGUCAUUUUGUGGCCUGAAACGCCGUCCUUAAAGUCGAACUUUUCCCUGAAUGACACCAGUGAUCCCCGUCAGAGCAGCUUCACCAUUCUCCCAAGGACCGGAAGGGGAAACUGGCGAGUUGGGGAUCAGCUGCACGUUUCCAUAAGAAUCAGAGACUUCCACGGCCGUCCUAAGAAGUCUGGAGGAGAUGUUCUGCUGGCUCGGCUUCACAACAGUACUUUUCAUGCUGGGGUGGCAGGACAUGUGGUGGACCAUCGCAACGGCUCCUACUCUGCCUUUUUUUCAUUGCUCUGGGAAGGACGAGCACAAGUUGAGGUAGUCCUAGUUCAUCCCAGCGAAGCAGUCACAGUGCUGCAAAAAUUGACCGAGGAGCAGCCUGACAGAAUCUAUUUUAAUAGUCUGUUUCAGUCAGGCUCGGUCAGUGAAACCACCAUUUGUAAUGUGUGCCUUACCGGAACCCAGCAAAACUUCUGCAAGUACACUGACCUCAGGACGGGUGAGCCGUGGUUCUGCUUCAAGCCACACAAAUUGGAUUGUGAUGCCAGGAUCAGCCACGCCAAAGGAGGAUUCAGACAAAACCUUCAGGCCACCGAGGAGAAGCUCUUUCAGUGUGGUGUCAAUAUGAAAGUCUCCAUUCCAGCCUUAGGACCCGAAAAUAUCGAUGUUUUACCAAAUCCAAAAGAUGGAAAAGGAAUGACUGUCAAGGCCCGCCCCUCUGGUUAUUACUACAAGGGCGCCUGGCAAGCACUAGAUGGCACCAGAGUACAUCAGUUUAACUCCAGUACAAUCAGCCAGUGUCUGAAAGGCAAAGCUGUUCACAUCUAUGGAGACUCCACUGUGAGGCAGUGGUAUGAAUAUUUAACCAACUCGUUACCAGAUCUCAAGGAGUUUGACCUUCUAACCUCAAAGCAAAGUGGACCUUUAAUGGCGCUGGAUUAUGUGAACAAGAUUUUAGUGACGUUCCGCAGCCACGGUCCUCCCAUCCGUUUUGCCAGCUCGCCUGUCAGCCAGCUACAUUACGUCGCCAACGAACUGGACAGCGUGAUUGGAGGCACCAACACCGUUGUGGUUAUCGGUGUCUGGUCUCACUUCAGCACUUUCCCCGUCGAGGUCUACAUCAGGCGUCUGCUGAAUAUUCGGAAAGCGGUGGUGAGACUUCUGAGCAGAGCUCCGGGUACCACUGUCGUCAUCCGGACUGCGAACCCAAAAGAGAUGACGCUUUAUGAGAGCUUGACCAAUAGCGACUGGUUUUCGCUGCAGCGGGAUAAGAUACUGAGAGAAAUAUUCAGAAAAACGAAUGUCCGACUGGUAGAUGCUUGGGAGAUGAUCCUCGCCCAUCACCUUCCGCACAAGCUCCAUCCAGAGUCUGACAUAGUCAAGAAUAUGAUUGAUGUUCUUUUAUCUUUUGUAUGUCCUGUUGCUGACUUUUAGAGGAGUUUUCUUCCAUUUCUAUUUCUCCUCAAGAUCCUAGAGGAAAGUAGAAAUGGAUUUUAGGCGAUAGAGAUUGGAAUUGGGGAAAAUGUUGGCAGUAGCGUUUCAAAAACUUCUUCCGGUUUAGGACCACCUAACCUUUCUGACACAACUGUUAUUGUUUUGUUUUGUUCGGAAAUAAUCCUACCAGAUUUCAUUCUGAUACAGCUAGCAUCCCCUGCUAAAGCAACAUUAGCAUAUGUUGGCUGAGAAAAUGA